AUGCCUCGGCCAAGACAAGGACUGACUGCACUACAAAUCAACCUCAACAAAUCGAAGGCAGCGACCCUUACCCUGUUGGAUAGGAUCCGCACUUCCCGCCCCAACAUAGUGGCAAUCCAAGAACCAUACAUGAGACGCCUACAAAACGACCCGAUACUAGCCCAAGUAGGCUACACAAUGAUAGCAAACAAAGACGGAACAGAUGUGGUGACUCUCAUACAGACAGACAACUACGAUGUCUUCCCCAUUCUGUCCCACAAAGAACUAAACAUCACAAACCUACGGAGCAAGGAAAAGAGAAUAACAAUAGCAAACAUAUAUUUGGCACCCAGCAACGACCUUAACUCUCUUCAGAAACUGCAACAGCACAUAGACAGACACCCGAAUGAAAGCAUCCUAAUAAUAAUGGGAGAUUUCAAUGCGAAAACCCCGCUUUGGGGAGGAACAGCAGCAGACCACACAGGAGACACAAUCGUGGACUUCCUCUUCCUGAACGGACUCAUGUCCCUCAACGACAGGAACAGCCCUCCCAGCUUUGACGGCCCACGACGGACCUCAUGGAUAGAUAUCACGGUAGUCAAUGAGGAUCAUAGGGAAGAGUAUCACGGCUGGCAGAUCCUCGACGCAUUCUCGUGCAGCGACCACCGCUAUGCCUCUUUCGACAUUUUCUCAAAACCCAGCAAAUACAUAUAUAAAACAACAAAAAAGAGCAUCUAG